UUUUUCAUUCUUCGCUUCUGCCGAAAUCAUCACAUCUCAACACACAGUUCACACCCAAAGUAAAAGUGUAAAAUACACCUUGAAAAUUUUCAGGAAACCAGAAAAAAAAUUGGGUUCAAGAACAAAAUGAAGGAUGUGAUCAACAAGAGUCUCGCUUGUUUAGUUGUGUUCUUCCUUUUCUUGUGUGUUUCUUUAAUAUUUACAGGUACCGUUGAUUACAAAUCAAGAUUUCUCUCGUUCUUACCCCAGUUAAAUAAUUCUACGUUCUGCCGCACUGGAUUGCCGCUCCGAGUGUACAUGUACGACUUGCCGCGACGGUUCAAUGUGGGGAUGAUUGAUGGUUCGCUCUCAGAUGAGAUUCCGGUGAGGGCAGAGAAUUUUCCGGCGUGGAGGGAGAAUAAUGGGCUCCGGAAGCAGCACAGCGUGGAGUAUUGGAUGAUGGCAUCACUUUUGUACAAUGGGGAUGGGGGAGGUGAUUCCGAGUCGAGCCGAGAGGUGGUUCGGGUUAUGGAUCCGAAGCUUGCUGACGUGUUCUUUGUGCCUUUCUUUGCUUCUCUCAGCUUCAAUGUACAUGGCCGCAACAUGACAGACCCGGAUACUGAGAUUGACAUCAAAUUGCAGCAUGAAAUUGUGGAGAUACUAAGAGGAUCCGAACACUGGCAGAGGUCAGCUGGACGGGACCAUGUAAUUCCUAUACAUCAUCCUAAUGCUUUCAGAAUUCAUCGUGAUAAAUUGAAUGCUUCCAUAUUUAUUGUUGCUGAUUUUGGUCGCAUAAUGGGUAUUUCUCGUCUUGAAAAAGAUGUCGUCGCUCCAUAUGUACACAUGGUAGAAUCAUAUCUCAGUGAUAAUGAUGAGGAUCCAUAUAGGUCUCGUAAAACUCUUCUCUUCUUCCGUGGGAGGACUGUGAGGAAAGAGGAGGGACUAGUUCGUGCUAAAUUGAAAAGAAUAUUAGGAAAAAAAGAAGAUGUCAUAUAUGAAGAAGGCAGUGCAUCAGAAGAAGGAUUUAGAACUUCGACUGAAGGAAUGCGUUCAUCGAAGUUCUGUUUAAAUCCUGCGGGAGACACGCCAUCAUCUUGCCGCCUGUUUGAUGCUAUUGUGAGCCACUGUGUUCCUGUCAUAGUGAGCGAUAAAAUCGAGCUGCCCUACGAAAGUGAAAUAGACUAUAAGGAGUUCUCAGUCUUCUUCUCGGUUAAAGAGGCAUUAAAACCGGACUAUAUGCUCGAUCAGUUGAAAGGAAUCCCGAAAGAGAAAUGGAUAAAAAUGUGGUCGAGACUUCAGAGCAUUUCUCAUCACUUUGAAUAUCAGUACCCUGCGAAAAAGGAAGAUGCAGUCAAUAUGAUUUGGCGACAGGUUCGGGAGAAACUUCCUGCCUUAAAUCUUGCUGUACAUAGGAGCAGGAGGCUGAAAGUGCCAGAUUGGUGGAGGAGGAGAUAAGUUUUUUGACUCCUGCUUCCGUAAUUUUAUACAUUCAUGUCGUGUUAGACGAAGAAAAAGAAGCUAGUCAUUCUUUGCAGCAGCCCGGGUUUAAACACAAUAAGUGAAUAGAGAGAGAGAGGGUAACUACAAGAAAGAUGUGGGAGUAGAAAUAUGUUGUGUAAAGUGAAUAGUUAUAACUUGUAUAUUCGAUGAGAUUCUCCUACUUUCUUUCUUUGCAUAGAGAGAACACACGAGAUUUGAUCCCAUCAAAUCUAAACAAUCUUAUUUUUCUUUGAACAUGACGAAGAGAUAAAGGAUGUUAGAGCCCUGACUCUUCCGGCUACUGUACCGUGAACUAUUUCUUAACUCUAAAUUGUUGCUUUUGGAAUGAAGAGUAUCAAUUUCCAUUUGUAA